GGGAAGGUGAACGCCGACAAUGAAGCUCCUGUGAAAAGUGGCCAAAGUGUGUGGAGUGAAGCUACUGGAGACUGCAGGAUCCCUUCUUUCUUCUGACGUUUCUUGGUCGAAAGCUAUUCAUUGAGCACAAGAUGAUGUCUGACGCCAGCGAGAUGUUGGCGGCAGCCUUGGAGCAAAUGGAUGGGAUCAUUGCAGGCUCCAAGGCCAUGGACUACUCCAACGGGCUGUUUGACUGCCAGUCGCCCACUUCACCCUUCUUGGGUGGCCUGCGGGUGCUGCAUCUAUUGGAGGACCUGCGUGGGGCGCUGGAGCUCAUGGACAACGAGGAGAGGGACAAUCUGCGAUGCCAGAUCCCUGAUUCCACUGCGGAGGGGCUGGCAGAGUGGCUGCACGGACGAUUGACUAACGGCCACAGCUCAGAAGCGGUCUACCAAGAACGCCUGUCACGACUGGAGAGCGACAAAGAGUGUCUUAUUCUUCAGGUGAGUGUCCUUACAGACCAGGUGGAGGUGCAAGGUGAGAAGAUACGGGACCUGGACAACUGCCUGGAGCAUCAUCGGGAGAAACUAAAUGCUACUGAGGAGCUGCUGCAACAGGAGCUGUUGAACCGGACAGCGCUGGAGACCCAGAAGCUGGAGCUGAUGACCGAGGUGUCCAGUCUGAAGCUGAAGCUGACGGCUGUGGAGAGAGAUCACAGAGACAAUGAGGGCUUGUACCAGGAAGUAACGGACCUGCGGUUCAGGGUGACUGACAUAGAGAAUGAAAGACUGCAGUGUGAGAAGAAACUCAAGGCUACCAAAGAGGAGCUGCAGCUUCUGCAGAGGCAGCUGGAGGAGCGGGAGGUGGAGCUGAGGCGGCUGAAGGAUGAGAACAGACUGCGGGUGGAGGGCCACAGCAGAGCAGAGGGAGGAGAGCGAGAUACGGAAGUGUUGAAGAUGAAGAGGGUGUUGGAGUCACUGGCGUCGUCCAACGAUGAGAAGGAACGAAGGAUAAAAGAGCUGGAGGAGUCGCUUACAAAGUGCAAGAAAGUGCAGGAGCAGGUCAAAGAGAAGUUAAAGGAGGAUGACUAUGACGAUAUCCCAGAUGAUCCCUCGGUUCCUGUAUCCAUGGAGGUGGAUCAAGUCGCGCUGGCGUUGGUGGGGGAGGCAGGAAGGAGUUCUGGCGAGUCUAUUCCAUGCAUAGCCGUGCUCUCUGAAAUGAAUGAGCUGGACAGAGAACGGCAGUUACAGGCAGCUGAAAGUUCUUCAGACAUCCCACAGCCGGGCAGCUCAACCCUGACCAGCAGCACUGACCAGGCCAAAAAUAAAGCAGGACCUGGUUCUUCAUCUCCGACCAAAGCAAACGCCACAAGCGAUGGAAGUUUUGGUACCAAGAAGGCUCGUUCUUCCUUCGGCCGCGGCUUCUUCAAGCUGCGUGGAGGCAAGCAGGCGUCCAGCACUCCAAACCUUGCUGAGACGGAGUGUAAAGGCACAGAGCACCUGGACUUAGCCGGCGUACCUCAGCGAAAAUCCCACGAUGGCGCUCCUCUGCCGUCCUCACCUGAAACCAAAAAGAAAUCCAAAGGCUUCAAGAAGUUCUUUGGCAGACUAAAGAGGAGUCACUCCACCUCCUUCAACCUCGAUGAUGCAGCAGAGAUGGAGUUCAGGAGGGGCGGAGUCAGAGCCACAGCCGGCCCUCGGCUCGGCUGGUCACGUGAAUCGAAACACAAUGCUGUCGAUGUUCCUUUCUCGCGGUGGAGUAAAGACGACGUCUGCGGAUGGCUGCACGAGCAGGGCCUCGGCCUGUACGUUGCCCAGUGUCAAAGCUGGAUCAAGUCAGGACAAACGCUACUGCAGGCGUCACAGCAUGACCUGGAGAAGGAACUCUGCAUGAAGCACCCGCUCCACAGGAAGAAGCUGCAGCUGGCCCUGCAGGCUCUCGGCUCAGAGGAGGACGACCUGAAGGGCAAACUGGACCACAACUGGGUGACCAGGUGGCUGGAUGACAUCGGCCUCCCGCAGUAUAAAAGUCACUUCGAUGAGGCUCGUGUUGAUGGACGCGUGCUGCACUACAUGACGGUGGAGGACUUGCUGUCUCUGAAGGUGGGCAGCGUUCUCCAUCAUCUCAGCAUCAAGAGGGCCAUUCAGGUCCUCCGCCUCAACUCCUACGAACCCAGCUGUCUCAGGAGAAGACCCUCUGAUGAGAACAACAUGACACCAGCAGAGAUCUCCCAGUGGACCAACCACAGGGUGAUGGAGUGGCUGCGGUCUGUGGAUCUGGCAGAAUACGCUCCAAAUCUGAGGGGCAGCGGUGUUCAUGGAGGACUGAUGGUGCUGGAGCCCCGCUUCAACGUGGAAGCGCUCGCCCUCCUGCUCAACAUUCCUCCCAACAAAACCCUGCUGAGACGCCACCUGGCAACGCAUUUCCACCUGCUCGUCGGCUCCGAGGCGCAGCGGCUCAAACAGGACUGUCUGGAAAACCCAGACUACGCCGUCCUCACCGCCACCGCCAAGGUCAAGCCCAGACGUCUGUCAUUCGGUGGUUUUGGCACUUUGAGGAAGAAACGUCAGGACGAUGGCGAGGAGUACGUCUGCCCCAUGAACGUGGAAAUGCCCAAGAGCAGCAGCUUCCAGCGGGGCGUCCGGGUCUAUGACGAGAACCUCGACCACCUGGAACAGAUGGAAGACUCUGAGGGGACUGUUCGACAGAUUGGAGCUUUUUCUGAGGGAAUCAACAACCUGACGAGCAUGCUGAAGCAUGACGAGUUUUUUCAGGAGAUCUCCGUCUGCCCUCCGGAGGUCGACGCAGCAGAAAUGGAGAACUGUGGCGUUUGAGUCGCUGCGGUUUGUGAAAACUGUGCCAAGAUGAAAUCCCUCCAGCUGCCACCAGCCUUUGUAGUAGAACAUGUGAGACCUUUUUUCCAGUAUUUCCAGCAUUCAGGAGUACAGCCAUAGCUUUCAUGACCACAUAUAUAUUUAUUGAAGCCGUCCAAAUAUAGUGCAUGAACUGAAAAAGCAGGAUGUUAGUGCAUUAAUAUACCUCUCUCUGCAUUUAUUUUAUUAUUCAAGCAUUUGUGUUUUCAGUAAUCAGUGAGCUAAGCAUACUUAGUUUUGGUUGUUUGGAGGAGUCGCCCUCAGACGUGUGCAGCACUUCAGUUUUCAUGUCAGCUGCAGUCAGAUUUAUUUUUAUUUGUGGUACAUGAAGUUUCAAAUCACUGCAAACUUCUAGUGGUUUGUUUUAUUUGUCCAGGUUUUCAGAUCUGAGAUUUGGGUGAACAGACUUUUUAAUUACUUCAGUGCAGCGAAAAUGUCCUUAUUACACAAUGUAAAGAACCACAGACCUCCUGCUCAGCUCAGCUUUCUCCUCUGAAAACUGUCCUGGGUACAGAGGAUGCUACUCUGUCAGCACAGAUGUUUCUGCAGAGAUGUUUCUGCUGAGUCUUUUUGUCAUUUUUCAGCCCUGUGAGGACCACACACAUAAUUUCCUUCAUUGACAAUAUCAUCAGAGUUGAGACAGAAAUCUGAAAAUCUGGAGGAAUAAAACUGAAACUACCUGCAGGGCUGGGUUCCACCAGAGGAAGCGAGAACAUGUUUUUUAAAGAACAAUUCUUGUUGAGAAAUACACAUAUUUGCGAUAUUUGUGAGAAUUACGUGAGAGGAUAGAUACUCGUCUGUCUGUGCUGCAGCCAGGAGGUGAUUAGCUUAGCAUAGUAGAAGCACGGGGAAACGGCUAGCCUGCCUCUCUCUAAAGCUCACUCAUUAACACGGAUCUCUUUUGUUUAAUCCCAAAGCUGUUCACAGUGAGAGUUACAGCUUGUAACUCUCCCUAAAACCACAACUUGUUGUUCUUAUGUUUGUUUUUGUGCAGAUUAACCAGCUGAGAUAUGAGUUAAUCAGUGAGCUUUAGAGGUGCAGGUCAGUGUAUUUCUUCAAGCUUUUCCCUCUGCUUCUUGUCUUUAUGCUAAGCUAAUAAACUCCUGGUUUAGCACUACUCUUGAUGCACAGACACGAGGUAUUGAUCCUCUCGGCAUGAAUCCCUGUUUUCCUCCAGAUUCCUUCAAGAUACAUAAACAUGGAAACCAAAGUCAUUGUUUUUCAUUUUUUGUAAUAAAAAGGAGAAAAUGCA